GUGUAGGGGCACGUAUUAACUGUCAGCAGGCUAUGCUAACAGCUAAAGGCCGGCUUUUGCUUGUAGCUAGAUUAAUCGUUUCCCCCUCAUUUAUUGAUAUUUUGUACACGCGGUAUACUUUAAUUAUAAUAUCAAAACCAAAAGUACACAUAGGUAACUAGGAAAGCCCCCUGGAGAUGACUGCAUAGCACUGCGUGGCUAACAGCAGAGGGAGGGGGCUCUAACUUCAGACCGCGCCCAGCUUUCGCUUCAUUUCAGCAGGCAGCUAGUUACUCUCCCGGCGGUGUGAGGAGCCUACACACCAACUGAUCCAAUUAGCUAAUUAGGGGAUACCGACAUUAUAGUGUAAACUAAAGGUAAAUCAGAUCACCAUGUUUAGGAAAACUUUAAAGAAAGACCCGGAGCUCUUUCAAAACGUGUCCGAGGGUCUGCGGCGGCUCUACCGUACGAAGCUGUUCCCUUUAGAGGACACGUACCGCUUCCACGACUUCCACUCCCCGGCACUGGAAGAUGCGGACUUUGACAACAAGCCUAUGGUGCUUCUGGUGGGACAGUACUCCACCGGGAAAACAACGUUUAUCCGCCACCUGAUGGAGCAGGACUUUCCCGGUAUGCGGAUUGGCCCGGAGCCGACUACAGACUCUUUCAUCGCAGUUAUGCACGGGGAGCAGGAUGGGGUGAUACCGGGGAACGCUUUGGUUGUCGACCCAAAGAAGCCCUUCCGCAAACUUAAUGCUUUUGGGAACGCUUUCCUCAACAGGUUCAUGUGUGCCCAGUUGCCUAACCCUGUUUUGGAGAGCAUCAGUAUAAUCGAUACUCCGGGAAUCCUGUCGGGGGAAAAGCAGAGGAUAAGCAGAGGUUACGACUUUGCUGCUGUUCUUGAAUGGUUUGCUGAGCGUGUAGAUCGAAUCAUUCUCCUUUUCGACGCUCACAAGCUGGACAUCUCUGAUGAGUUUUCAGAGGUGAUUCGUGCCCUGAAAAAUCAUGAAGACAAAAUGCGUGUGGUUCUGAACAAAGCCGACCAGAUCAGCACACAGCAGCUGAUGAGAGUCUAUGGAGCUUUAAUGUGGUCCCUGGGAAAAAUUAUCAACACUCCUGAGGUGGUACGUGUGUAUAUUGGGUCAUUCUGGGCACAGCCGCUGUUGGUCCCAGACAACAGGAAGCUGUUUGAAGCCGAGGAGCAGGACUUGUUCCUGGAUAUUCAGUCGCUGCCCCGAAAUGCAGCACUGCGUAAACUCAACGAUCUCAUCAAACGAGCUCGCCUUGCAAAGGUGCAUGCAUACAUCAUCAGCUCUCUGAAAAAGGAGAUGCCCAGUGUGUUUGGAAAAGACUCUAAGAAGAAAGAGCUCAUUAAUAACCUCGGAGAAAUCUAUCAAAGGAUCGAGAAGGAACACCAGAUCUCUCCAGGAGACUUCCCUAACAUCAGCAAGAUGCAGGAGAUACUCAAUGGCCAGGACUUCUCAAAGUUUGCUUCGCUGAAGCCCAAGCUGCUGGAGCAGGUGGAGGACAUGUUGGCCCAUGACAUCGCCCGACUCAUGGCUCUGGUGCGGCAGGAGGAGGCCGCCAUGCCCAGUCAGUCUGUCCAUGGAGGAGCCUUUGAGGGGGCCAUGAGUGGUCCAUUUGGCCACGGCUACGGAGAGGGCGCCAGCGAGGGAAUAGACGAGUUGGAGUGGGUGGUGGGGCGUGAUAAGCCCUCAUACGAUGAGAUCUUUUACACUCUGGGCCCCAUCAACGGCAAAGUCUCUGGUGCUGCAGCCAAAAAGGAGAUGCUGAAGUCUAAGCUGCCCAACACCGUGCUGGGAAAGAUUUGGAAGCUGGCGGAUGUGGAUAGAGAUGGGUACCUUGAUGACGAGGAGUUUGCCCUGGCAAACCACCUGAUCAAAGUGAAGCUGGAGGGCCAUGAGCUGCCCGCAGAGCUGCCCAAUCAUCUAGUGCCUCCAUCCAAACGUGACCUAGUGGUAGAAGAGAGCCGCAAAAAGAUGCAAGACGGUAGCAGCGAGUGAAAAUAUACUAUGAGCCUUACAAGUAUAAGUUUGAAUUUUUCAGUAAGGGUAAGGGAAAGUUGUAAUGUGGUAUGUUUUAGCAACUGAGGGGGGUAGUAAUAAUAUUGUAGAACAAAGAGAUCUUUGAUUAGCAACAACCACUUCUUCAAUUAUACCCUUACUUUCAAGUUCAAACUAAUACUGUGAUCAUUGCUAACUGGGCCUCCAAGUUUCCUGAAACACCAGAGGACAUAUGCAGAGUGCUUGUUCACCAGAGUUUGGGCUUCCAAGGACAAAUGUAGUUAGUUAUCUAUUAUAAAUGAAAGAAGGGUGAUUCUUGAAAAGACUUUACUGGAUGAUUCACUGGGACAUGACAAGUCACAUGAACUAUUGUCCUAAAUAGCGCUAUUAUAUUCUGAUCCAAAAAAUUAUAGUUUUCAUUUGUAGAGAGAAUGUGGAAGUGGAAAUCAAAACUGUUGGAAUUGUUUUAUCUAUAUUUUUGUAUUUCCCUAUGGUUAACUUCUGCUCUUUCCAGAUGCUUCUUUUUAUUAUUUUGUGAGAUAAAUAAAAAUAAAUCUUUAUUGUA